AAAUGUUAAAAAAGUCAAAAUAUAGUGUAUUGAAAAAUGUCAUGAAGAAAGUCAGUGUAGUACGUCAAAAUAUAUUAUGAAAAAAGACAAAGUAUGUUUAAAAAGUCAGAGUAUAGUAUGUUCAAAAAUGUCAGUCAUUGUAUAGUAUAUUGCGAAAUGUCAUGAAAAAAAAGUCAUAGUAGAGUCAUAAAAACGUCAUCGUAUAAGCAUGCCAUAAGAAGUCAUCAAAAAGUUACCAAAACUAUGACUGGCCUAUUUUUUAUUCAUGAGUCAUUUACAAACACAAGACAAGACACGCCCCCCCCUGAGUAUAAAUGUCAUGCUCAGCUGGCUGUGAGGUGAUUAUGAGUUGGAAAGCCCUGAAGCUACAGCACAGAGAGACUUCUUCAUGACAUCAUUAAUUUUCCCACCCCAUACAAUUACAGCUGAGUGGCUUUAAGAAGGAUCAUGUAUUUGAGAUUAAAGCUCCAGAUUUAGAGAGAAAAAAAAAAGUGCCUUUUCCUACAAAUAAAUUAGGUACCUGGGAUAUUUCUUGGACCGGAUUACCUCACGUCUUUCCUGAGGUGCCUGUGUCGACCUUACCCAAAAGGCUGGAGAGCUGACAACAGCAUGGCUGCAAUCUUACAGGCGAUGGGUCUCUCUCUGCUCCUGCAGGGCUGUUUGUGCAGUGUUGGGCAGACCAACAGAGGCUGCUUGUCAUGGACACCAAAAGGGGAGAAUGUUUGCUGUGAAGCCUGUCAUCCUGGACACCACCUGGUCAGCGAUUGUGGCCCACGGCCGAAAGACCUUUGUACUCCUUGUGAGCCCGGGAAAUUUGCAGAGAACCCUAAAAACAAGUGGUGUACCAGGUGUACACAGUGCGUAGGUGCUCAAGUCUAUGUGAAACAGUGCACCCCCACAACUGACACACAGUGUGGUUGUAAAGAAGGACUCACCUGUGGGAAUGCCCGCUGUACCUUCUGUGUUCAAAAGUGUGACAAAGGUCAGGAACCCACAGACAAACGUUUAUGCAGACCAUGUCCAGAUGGAACCUUCAAUGACCAAAGUCACCAGAUGUGUAAACCCUGGAGUACCAGGUGUCCCGAUCCAGAACAAAUGAUUGUGGCCAAGGGAGAUGCCCUUACUGACAUUAAGUGUGCUAAUGUUUCAGUUAGCACACUGAUAAAUCCAAAGAAACCUGAUCCCACAGAACAGGCAUGGCCAUUGGUCAUAUAUGUGGUCACCAGUGUAGUGCUGACGGCCUUUGGCAUCAUCAUCAUCUCCAUCAGCAGCCUUAUGGCCAAGAACAUCAUCCAGAAAAGAAACAAAGAAAGAAAAAAGCCAACCAAAGAGACACUGAUAAUCAGACCCCCUACAGAUGAACCCAGGACGUUAAUAGCGAUUGAGUGCAGUUUCCACGAGGCCCAGCAAGAGCAGGGCAGCAGCUCAGAGUCGCUCGUCUCCAAGGACUCCUCAGAGCAGCUCAUUGCAUGACCGGCUAAAGCGCCACACUGAAGUGCUUGUUGUGUUUAUGUUGAACUCCGUGAAAGGAAACAGGAUAUCCUGAAUAAGAUAGCGUCCCUAUUUUCGAUACUGAGAUUGGAGGAGCUGUGUUGGAGAUUUGACAGAAACAGAGCAAUGCGUUUACCCAUCUGUCUUUUACUCAGCCUAUUUGUCUUUUAUCAGAGUAACCAAAGCUACUGGGAAUAUCUUGACAGGUCAGAUCAGAGUCAACAGUUUGCUCUACAAUUACACCAGGAUACAAUUACAGUGAUCUCUCGAUGACACAAAUAA